AUGCCGAUACCCGACUUGCCUGGAGAACUCAUUCCUAAACAUUCACCGGAAGAAUCGUGGUUGAAAUCCUUUGUUGCACGGCUUUGUCAAUUGGAAAAUGAAAGAUUUCCUGGAUCCCAACCCGUCAGUUUUGGGUCGAGGGAUUUGCUGAAGCUCGAAAGUCAAGACUUUUGGGUUUGCGAAAAGUCUGACGGGAUACGGGUCUUGAUGUUCGUCCUCUUUGACCAAAAUGGUCAGAAGGUUUUUCUCAUUGAUCGCCACAACACAUACCGCGAAUUGACUGGCCUUUUCUUUCCUCAUCACGAAAAUCCUCUGAAUCCUUUGAGAAAUACUCUUGUCGAUGGCGAAUUGGUAAUUGACGUUGAUCCGAGAACACGUCGGGAAAUCACUCGUUUUCUAGUCUUCGAUUGCCUCGUGGUGGAUAACCAAAAUGUAAUGUCCCGGCCCCUCGAUAAACGUUACGGACGAUUGAACGAAUGGUUCUAUAAGCCGUAUGCAAAGAUGGUACGCGAUCAUCCUCAUGUUGCGGCGUCGCAGCCUUUCGAGAUUAAGGUGAAGGAAAUCAGAUCUGCAUACAAUGUAGAGCAAGUAUUCUCCAUGGACAUACCUGCCCUACAACAUGAGAACGACGGGCUUAUCUACACUUGCGUCAAUACACCCUAUUCCCCUGGCACAGAUUCAAACGUGAUAAAAUGGAAGCCUCCAACUGAAAACUCGAUUGACUUCAAACUUGUCCUUCGCUUCCCCCCGCUUCCUUCUUCUCCUACUCAACCCGACUUUGCCGCCAAACCCAAAUUCCUGUUGCACGUGUGGUGUGGAGACCAGAAUGGCACACCACGAUACGAACAGUAUGAUGAAAUGUACGUUGAUGAGGAUGAAUGGGAAAAUAGGAUGAAAAAAUCUGGGGAGCAAUAUGACGAUCGAAUUGUGGAGGUUCACUGGGAUGCCCACGUAAAGGGCUGGCGUAUGAUGCGCUUUCGAAAUGACAAGCCUAACGGAAAUCACAAAAAUGUCGUUGAGAAUAUCAUAACAAGUAUAGCCGAUGGAGUAGAAAAGCAGACACUCUUAUCUCGUUCGAAUCAUAUACGUGCGGCAUGGAAGGCUCGUCAAGGAGCUCUGAAUCAAAAUGCAACACCUUUGCCAGCUCGUCCACCACCACCUUCGGGUCCACCUGCGGCUGCCUCUGUGAACCGGCCCUCACAGCCCAUCCCUCGAGUCGAACUUCGAUAUGGCCCCUUGCAACCCUCUCAAUGGAGCAAGGUCGCUGGACCAAGGAAUAUUUUUGGUUUCGAACGUUAG